AUGACUCCGUCCAUCUUGAAACUCGUUGCUGCUAUUGGUUCUCGAAUUCCGGUUUAUGGAACACGAAAAUUGGAUCUUGAUAUUGGACUGCGUCGCAUCUUUCCCUGGAUGUAUACUAUUGCUGAUGUAUCACGACCCAUUCUUGGAACUGAUUUUUUAUCACAUUAUGACAUUUUAGUGGAUCUAAAAUCCAAGUCGUACCUAACUAAUGUAACAUUUCGCGGAAAAAUUUCUUAUGAAUCAACGCCUAAAAUAACUGUGUUGAAAAUGUCUGCGGAAUUUCAUUCUUUAAUUAGUGAGUACCAAAGACAUUUUCGAGGAGAGAAAACCAGAAUAAAAGAUUUACCUCAUAAUGUCAGUCAUGUUAUCGAAGCAAAGGGUCAACCAGUGAUUGCAAAAGCGCGAAGACUAUCUGUUGAUAAAUUGGAAGCGGCAAGAGCAGAAUUUAAUUACCUAGUACACCAAGAAAUAUGUAGCCCAUCCAAAGUUGCUGCUCAAGCCCAUUGCACAUGGUUAAAACGCCAGAUGGUUCUUGGCGACCACGUGGAGACUACCGUGCAUUAA